AUGGAAGAGUUACUUUCAUCUCACCACCUGUUCAAAGAGUCUCAACCACCAGUCUCAUCAUCCCAUCCCACAGUCGAUGCAGUUGAGCAGAAUCUCUCCCGCUUUCCAUCACCCCGCCCCAUUCCCCCGUUUUCCAUCACCCCGCCCCAUUCUCCCGCUUUCCAUCACCCCGCCCUAUUCUCCCGCUUUCCAUCACCCGGCCCCAUUCUCCCGCUUUCCAUCACCCCAUCCCAUUCUCCCGCUUUCCAUCACCCCGCCCCAUUCUCUCGCUUUCCAUCACCCCGCCCCAUUCUCUCGCUUUCCAUCACUCUGCCCCAUUCUACCUCUUUCCAUCACCUUGCCCCAUUCUCCCUCUUUCCAUCACCCCGCCUCAUUCUCCCUCUUUCCAUCACCCCGCCCCAUUCUCCCUCUUUCCAUCACCCCGCCCCAUUCUCCCGCUUUCCAUCACCCCGCCCCAUUCUCCCGCUUUCCAUCACCCCGCCCCAUUCUCCCACUUUCCAUCACCCCGCCCCAUUCUCCCGCUUUCCAUCACCCCGCCCCGUUCUCCCGGUUUCCAUCACCCCGCCCCAUUCUCCCGCAUUCCAUCACCCCGCCCCAUUCUCCCUCUUUCCAUCACCCCGCCCCAUUCUCCCGCUUUCUAUCACCCCGCCCCAUUUUCCCGCUUUCCAUCACCCCUUUCCAUUCUCCCGCUUUCCAUCACCCCGCCCCAUUCUCCCGCUUUCCAUCAUCCCGCCCCAUUCUCCCUCUUUCCAUCACCCCGCCCCAUUCUCCCGCCUUCCAUCACCCCGCCCCAUUCUUCCGCUUCCCAUAACCCCUUUCCAUUCUCCCGCUUUCCAUCACCCGGCCCCAUUCUCCCGCUUUCCAUCACCCCAUCCCAUUCUCCCGCUUUCCAUCACCCCGCCCCAUUCUCUCGCUUUCCAUCACCCCGCCCCAUUCUCUCGCUUUCCAUCACUCUGCCCCAUUCUACCUCUUUCCAUCACCUUGCCCCAUUCUCCCUCUUUCCAUCACCCCGCCUCAUUCUCCCUCUUUCCAUCACCCCGCCCCAUUCUCCCUCUUUCCAUCACCCCGCCCCAUUCUCCCGCUUUCCAUCACCCCGCCCCAUUCUCCCACUUUCCAUCACCCCGCCCCAUUCUCCCGCUUUCCAUCACCCCGCCCCAUUCUCACGCUUUCCAUCACCCCGCCCCAUUCUCCUGGUUUCCAUCACCCUGGCCCAUUCUCCCGCAUUCCAUCACCCCGCCCCAUUCUCCCUCUUUCCAUCACCCCGCCCCAUUCUCCCGCUUUCUAUCACCCCGCCCCAUUUUCCCGCUUUCCAUCACCCCUUUCCAUUCUCCCGCUUUCCAUCACCCCGCCCCAUUCUCCCGCUUUCCAUCAUCCCGCCCCAUUCUCCCUCUUUCCAUCACCCCGCCCCAUUCUCCCGCUUUCCAUCACCCCGCCCCAUUCUCUCGCUUUCCAUCACCCUGCCCCAUUCUCCCGCUUUCCAUCACCCCGCCCCAUGUUCCCGUUUUCCAUCACCCCGCCCCAUUCUCCUGCUUUCCAUCACCCCGCCCCAUUCUCCGGCUUUCCACCACCCCGUCCCAUUCUCCCGCUUUCCAUCACCCCGCCCCAUUCUCCCGCUUUCCAUCACCCCACCCCAUCCUCCCACCUUCUAUCACCCCGCCCCAUUUUCCCUCCUUCCAUCACCCCGCCCCAUUCUCCCGCUUUCCAUCACCCCGCCCCAUUCUCCCGCUUUCCAUCACCCCGCCCCAUUCCCCUGCUUCCCAUCACCCCGCCCCAUUCUCCCGCUUUCCAUCACCCCGCCCCGUUCUCCCGCUUUCCAUCACCCCGCCCAAUUCUCCCGCUUUUCAUCACCCCGCCCCAUUCUCCCGCUUUCCAUCACCCCGCCCCAUUCUCCCUCUUUCCAUCACUCCGCCCCAUUCUCCCUCCUUCCAUCACCCCGCCCCAUUCUCCGCUUCCCAUAACCCCAGCCCCAUCUCCCGCUUUCCAUCACCCCGCCACAUUCUCCCACUUUCUAUCACCCCGCCCCAUUCUCCCUCCUUCCAUCACCCCGCCCCAUUCUCCCGCUUUCUAUCACCCCGCCCCAUUCUCCCUCCUUCCAUCACCCCGCCCCAUUCUCCCGCUUUCCAUCACCCCGCCCCCUUCUUCCUCCUUCCAUCACCCCGCCCCAUUCUCCCUCCUUCCUUCACCCCACCCCAUCCUCCCACCUUCUAUCACCCCGCCCCAUUUUCCCUCCUUCUAUCACCCUGCCCCAUUCUCCCGCUUUCCAUCACCCCGCCCCAUUCUCCCGCUUUCCAACACCCCUCCCCAUUCUCCCUCCUUCCAUCACCCCGCCCCAUUCUCCGCUUCCCAUAA